AUGUCAGUGCAACAACAUGCAAGUUUAUCCAAGGCAAUGUCGAAGCAAUGUGCCAAGUCUGACCAACUGAAUCACGGAAGAACUGUAGUGAAAUCCGAUAAGGCCCAUAGAACGAUUGUUAACCUUUCCAACCAAAAAUUGGACGAUGGCUCUAUAUCAGCACUGAGUAAAGGCCUCAAAUUUUCUCCAGCUCCACGACAUCUGUCAAUAUUGGAUAUAAUUAGUGGAAUAGAGCAGUGCAAUAGGAAUCUUUCGCACAAUGGAGCUGAGGACGUCAGGCUAACUACCAGCCAUAUCCUGGUGAAAGCUAAGCCACCAGAAUCUAAUAUUAGCCAGGAGGAACGACGUUGCUUACGGUUAUUACGUGAGAAUGAAGACUUGGUUGUCUUGCCAGCAGACAAAGGGAAUGCCACCGUGGUGCUGAACUCUGCAGAUUACCACCUCAAGAUGCUGCAUUUUUAG